CUGUAGCUUUAACUGUCGGAAAUUUGUUGUUCGUCGGUGAAUAAGCAUUUAUUUGUAUUCUUGUUUGAAUUUGAUUAGAAAUUUCUAAGAAUGGCUCGUAGGUAUGACUCCAGAACAACGAUCUUUUCUCCUGAAGGGAGAUUGUAUCAAGUUGAAUAUGCUAUGGAAGCCAUUGGACAUGCUGGAACAUGUUUAGGAAUUUUAGGUAAUGAUGGAAUUGUACUUGCUGCUGAACGUCGAAAUACAAAUAAACUAUUGGAUGAAGUCUUUAAUUCAGAAAAGAUUUAUAAGCUCCAUGAUGAUAUGGCAUGUAGUGUUGCUGGAAUUACAUCUGAUGCAAAUGUAUUAACAAAUGAACUACGCCAGAUAGCUCAAAGAUAUUUACUUCAGUAUGGUGAGUCAAUUCCUUGUGAACGACUGGUGAGUUGGUUGUGUGAUGUGAAGCAAGCUUAUACUCAAUAUGGAGGUAAAAGACCUUUUGGUGUAUCUAUUCUGUACAUGGGUUGGGAUAAACAUUAUGGUUUCCAAUUGUAUCAAUCUGACCCUAGUGGAAAUUAUGGUGGAUGGAAAGCAACAUGCAUUGGUAACAAUGGUGCUGCUGCAGUUUCUAUUUUGAAACAAGAAUAUAAAGAAAAUGAAACCACUUUAAAGGAUGCUUUAGCAUUAGCUGUCAAAGUUCUUAGCAAGACAUUGGAUAUGACUAAGCUUACUGCUGACAAAUUGGAAAUGGCUACUCUCACUCGUGAAAAGGACAAAACUGUUAUUCGUAUCAUGCCAUCUUCUGAAGUAGAGGUUCUCAUAAAGCAGCAUGAAGAAGAAGAAGCUAGAAAUGAAGCUGCCAAGAAGGAGAAAGAACGUGAAAAGGCUAAAAGCUAAUCAUCUUUAAGAGACUUUCAAUUUGUUAUUUUUUAUAAAAAUGUGUUUGGUCCAUUGAGUUGCCCAUUAAAGAAUCUGUAAUUUAAACUCACAAAA